UGCAGCCAACAUUCGCCAGUUGAAAGUUUAUUUUCAUCGCAACUUUGUCGGUCGGUGUUUUUACUGCUGACAAAAAGCGCCCCAAAAUCACCAUGUUCAGGACAAUCCGGUCCAGUUUCCGUGCUUUCGGGACAAUAGGUGUCCUGCAGAGUCGAAAGAGAACAAAUCUGAGAUAUCCCGUGGGAUUUCUCGUGGGCACGGGCGUAGCGCUCUGGUGGACGACAAGGGAUGCCCAGACGGAGCCUCGGAAGCAGAAGAUCAAUCCCAGCCACUUUAUGGCCACUCCAGUGACGAAUGUGAAGCACUUGGAGGACAAUCCGGAGGACAUGAAGAUUCGGAUGGAAUUGCUAAUAAUGAAGAUCCAGGCGGACUUCUGUCGCGCCCUGGAGGCUGAGGAGUUCGCGGGGAAGACAUUCGUGGUGGACAAGUGGGAGAGGAAUGAGGGUGGCGGUGGAAUCACGUGUGUUCUGCAGGACGGAGAGGUUUUCGAGAAGGCCGGAGUGAACAUUUCUGUGGUGUCUGGGAAUCUGCCGCCGGGCGCUGUCCAGCAGAUGCGCUCACGCGGGAAGAAGCUGUCCGACGGUCCACUGCCCUUCUUCGCGGCCGGCGUGAGUGCUGUCAUCCAUCCGCGCAAUCCCAUGGUGCCCACAGUGCACUUCAACUACCGCUACUUCGAGGUCACGGACUCCUCUGGACACAAGCAGUGGUGGUUCGGCGGCGGCACUGAUCUCACGCCUUACUACCUGAACGAGGAGGACUCUGUGCACUUUCACAAGACGCUGAAGGACGCGUGCGACGAGCACGACGCCACGUACUAUCCGCGCUUCAAGAAGUGGUGCGACGACUACUUUCACAUUCCGCACCGGAAAGAAUGCCGCGGCAUCGGCGGCAUUUUCUUCGACGACCUCGAUGAGCCUUCGCAGUCGGACGCCUUCGCCUUCGUGUCCUCCUGUGCAAACUCCGUGAUCCCGUCGUACUUGCCACUGGUGAGGAAGCACAAGAACGACUCUUAUGGCGAUCCGCAGCGAACCUGGCAACUCCUUCGACGCGGACGCUAUGUGGAGUUCAACCUGAUCUACGAUCGCGGCACCAAGUUUGGUCUCCACACGCCGGGAGCCCGCUUCGAGAGCAUCCUCAUGUCCCUGCCGCUCACGGCCCGCUGGGAGUACAUGCACGAGCCGAAAGCCUCAUCGCCGGAAGCCAAGCUCACGGCCGUGCUGAAGAAGCCACGCGAUUGGCUGCAAAUUGAGCAGAAACCCUGA